AUGGACCUGGCCAUCGGUCAGCCCGACGCCCUUCCCCCCCCGGGCUUCCGUCCCUACACCAUCCCUCCUCCUAGAUACCUGGACCGACCCGGGCCCUAUCCCAACCAAUCUUCCUCCUCCUCGUCGCGCGAGGUCUCUGGACCCGCCCCCAAAGUCCCCAUCCCGCGCACGACCAGUUUUGGCAGCCAGUCCCAGCGCCGCCGGUCCGCGCGCGCCUGCGACCCCUGCCGACAGCGGAAAAUCAAGUGCGAUGGGAGCAAGCCGCACUGUCGACAGUGUAUUGACCACAAUAUCAGCUGCAUCUACGUGGAUGUCAAGCGUGUGCGCGACCAGAAGCAGCUGGGCUUCCUGUGCAGGAGGGUGGAGAGCUAUGAGCAGCUGCUGCAUGAGUUGGAAAAGCAGGAGGACGAGGAAACGGCGAGACGCAUUCGGAGGGCCCUCAGGGGCUCCGCCGAUCACGCACCGGACGCGGAGGAUGAUAUCGACUCCGACACAUCUUCGUCGUCCAUCGGGUCGCUCAAUGCACUGGACCUGAUCGAGGAGGACCUGAACCGCAGCGAGAGAUCGGUGGCCACGGGGUUCUUCGGCAAGAACUCGGAAGUAUCGUGGAUGCAAAAGCUGGAGGACGAGGCCGAAAUUCGAAGCCGGGCCAAAGAAGGGCCCCUCUAUUCGGACAGCCUGACGGGCGGCGAUCUCCAGCAGCCCCGACCGGAAACUGCGAUCGCGACCAUGACUUACUUCGUGGACGACCUCAAUGUCCCGCUGAUUGACUCCGUCGACCCGUAUGCCCUGCCGCCAAAGGACGUGGCGAACCGGCUGUUCAACGCGUACAUGGAAUCCGUCCACCCCUCCUUCAACAUCAUUCGAAAGACGACCUUCGUGUCGCAGUUCCGGCAGUUCUACAAUACACCGGCCAAGCCCCCCAUGCGGUGGCUGGCCGUGUUGAACAUGAUUUUCGCCAUUGGACGCCGGUAUUGCCGUGUCGUGACCGGCGAGGCGGACGGUGAUCACGAGGACCUAGUGUAUCUGAACCGCGCAAGGAAACUGGCCCUGGGGGAUGCCGAGGUGUUCGCGCAUGCGGAUCUCCAGCAGAUCCAGGUCGAGUUCUUGGUCGCCUUCUACUUCGUGACCAUGUAUCAAGUCAAUAGGGCCUUCAAGUUCUCCAGCAUGGCCUUCCGAUCCGCCGUGUCCCUGGGCAUCAACCUCCGCUUCGUGGAUGAUCGCACGCAGUAUCCCGCCAAGGAGGCACGCGGCCGGCUGUGGUGGUCGAUCUUCCUGCUGGAGCACCUCCUCACUGCCGUCACCGGUCGAGCCUCCUGCGUGGGCGAGAGCCUCAGCUCGACGCCCCUGCCUAUCCCGUUCGAUGAGGACAAAUUCGGCCGGCCGGACGUCCUCCCCCUCCUCCAAGACUCCUCUCUGCGCUCGAGUCGACUGAAGUUGACCCUGCUGCAGACGGAGGAGGAAGCACGCGCCACUGCGGCAUGGCUUGCGACGUGCGAGCCCAGCUCGUCGUUGUUCUUCCACUGCACUGUGGACCUGGCAAUCAUCACGCAGGCCGUCCUCUAUAAGAUCUACAGCAUCCAGGGUCUGCGGGAUCGGGCCAGUCAAGUCGAGCAGCGCAUCCACAGAUACAACGAUAUCUUGGAUAUCUGGGUCUCCAAGGUCCCAGAGCCCUAUCGCUUCAUCACGGGGACCAACGACCAGUUUGACGCCUCGGACCGGGAUAGCAACUACACGCGCGAACAGCUCUCCUUGGCCAUCAACUACUACAGCGCCCGGAUCACCCUCUGCCGGCCAUGCCUCUCCCACGCCGGCGCCACCAAGCCGAGCUCUCUCUCCCCCGAUGGAGGCACCAGUUCCUCUCGCCGCAACUCGCGUUCCACCUCUCACCCUCGAAGCCAAUUCCGCUACGAGAUGGCCAUCAUCUGCAUCCGCUCUGCUUGCAACCUGCUCGCUGUUCUCCCCGACACUCCCGACAUCCUCUGGCUGUCCAGUGUGACCCCCUGGUGGUGCAUCCUCCAUUACAUCAUGCAAGCCACCACCGCCAUCCUCAUCCAUCUAUCCAGCUGGCCGCCCGGCCCAGCCCGCCGAUCCCGCUCUAUAUCGCACGAGGACUCCACUCAGUGUGUGUUCACCGAUAUGUCUACCCUGGUGCGUAAGACCAAAAAGGCCCUCCACUGGCUCAAUCACAUGGCCGUGUCGCAUACUGCUUCCCGCCGCGCCUUCCGACUGUGUCACAGCGUCGUGCGUCGGCUCGCACCGAGUCUGAACAUCGACAUCAGUGACCUGCCGGACGGCUCGGACUUGCCCGCCGAUGCGGAGGGAACUGACCUGGGCCUGGGGCAAGCGUUGAACCUAUCGGAUUAUGAUUCCCCCAUCCAGUCUUGA